AUGACUGGGACUGACUUGUUGGUGCGAGUGGAUUUCGUGAAGUUCCGGUCUUCUGGUGCGUCGAGAUCUCCCAUUGGGACUUUUUUUGUUUAUGAAGAUCGAGUUGAAUGGAUUGAAAAAGAAGGAACUGAAAAACUUGUGAUUAGCUUUUCGGAUAUCAAGGGUCAAAGAGUUUCGCCACCUAAUAAAACCAAAACACAGUUACAAUUAUGCCUACACAACGAUGAGCAACACACGUUUGCCUUUGUGAAUCCUAACGGUGGAAAAGAGGAACAUGUCAAAGAAAGGGAUUUAGUUAAAGAAACAUUGCAACAAUCUUUAAUACGACAUCGACAAAUAGCUAAUCAGGCUGCUGCGAGGUCUAUGAAGUACAGUAGAACUCACGAAAUGGAAGCGAAAAAGAAGAUCUUGGCUGAAAAUAAGCACAUUCAGCAGCUUUAUAAACAUCUUGUUUCGUCGAAAUUGAUCUCUGCUCAGGAUUUCUGGGCAGAAUAUUAUCAAAAAGGUGUGGAAGAUGAGGAAAAACCUGGCGUCUCUGGUGGAUUUUUGAGUAAUAUUGCUCAGUCUGAAGGCGUAAGCGGUGUCAAGUUAAAUCUGAAUGUAGAAACAAUUCAGAGUAUUUUCAAGACAUACCCAGCAGUUGAAAGGAAACAUUUGGAGCUAGUUCCUCAUGAAAUGACUGAGCAACAGUUUUGGAGCAAGUUUUUUCAGUCGCAUUACUUCCAUCGAGAAAGGGUUGCAAAUCCGAAUAUUUCUGACCCUUUCUCUGACUGCGUCAAAAUCGAUGACGCUGGUAGGAUGCUUAAAAUAUAUAUGCAAAAACUGUUGGAAAAUGGUGUAACUAAAUCUUCGGUUGACUUUGACCAUUUGAAGGAUAAUUUGGAUAUUUUUAAGAUGAAUGCAAGUAGAUUCUUCAUCAUUUUCUGUUUACUCACUUUUUCGGCAGCACAUUUGCUUAAAUUGAUCUAUUUGAUAAUUUUUCGAGAUGAAACGAUGUUUCUAAAAAAGUGUUCAAGAAAUUUAGACACCUCAGUAGUUGAAAUGUUGGAGCAAGAUGAAUCGUUCCCUGAUGAUAAGGGUCCGACAGACAGAUUGUUGAACAUUUCUUCGGACAGUGCUGCACUAACUGAUUUACAAAUUGUCGACGACUCAUUGGCAGAACUUUUGAAGCAUUUUUGGAUGUGCUUUCCUUUAAGUACGACAGCGCUGGAAGAAAAGGUUGGUUAUACUUUGCUUAAUGUUUUAUGCUGUUAA